GACUAUAACCACAAUGGCUCGAUUCGUCUUUCGAAUUCACACAAAAUUCCUUUUCUUAAACUCUCGUAAUAUUAUAUAUAAAUCACCAUUCCAUGACCGAAUCAUACCACAAGCACUACCACAUUUUAAACUCGAAACUCUCCCGAAAAAUAUGAAAAAUUUCGUGGAAACUCCGGAGAAAAUUCGGGAGCUGAAUGAAGAAGAAGAAGAAGAAGAAGUGAUCGACGACGAUGAUGAUGAGAAAGAAGAAGAAAAAAUUGAGACGUUCUUUGCGCUGGUUAGAGGGUACCAAGAGGCGCGAAACCGUCGAAGAAAUGAGCUCAAGGAACUCGAGACGAGGAACACGAAGAAAAUAAAAAACGAUUCGGGUUGGGUUCCGGCGUUUCGGUGGGAAGAUUUUACGCAUGAGAACGAGAGAAAGUGUCCUCUAGCGUUUCAGAUAGGCCGUGCUGGUUUGGUUAGUGGAAUUGAUAAGAAAAAAGAGAAGGUGGAAGAUGAAUAUAAUGAAGACGAGCUAGACUUGACGCUUGCUCUUUGAUUUCAUGUUGUUUAGCAUUUUAGCUAAUUAGUACGUGUUGAUCGAUUUAUUUUGGUACGUACUGGAUGUUUAAUAGAGUAUGGUUGUUUCUGCAA